CUGACUCUGUUUCAUUAGAAAUACGCGCUAGUCCUGAUCGGGAAUAGUCCAGUCAGCGACGCGCGGCCUGCGCCAAGCCAUAUUACUUCGCCGCCUUCCACGCAUCAGCAAGUUUUCAGUUGUUGUUGUUGUUGUCUAUCACCGGCAUCUCCACAGCAGUUGCAGUACAAUCACCAGCAUCAUGAACGACUACCGGUCUGACGAGUUCCUCAUGGCCGCGGAGGCCUCUGGUAUGGACCAGCUCUUCCCGCAGCAGCAGCAGCAGCAGCAGCAAAGGCAAGGCCAGGCACAGGCUUAUGCCCCCCUCGAUAUCCUCACCGUCCCCUCCCAACACCAGCACCAGCACCCGCAGCUCCAGCAAGGACUCCGACCGAAUCUCUUUGUCAACGGCACCUCGGUCGCCGACUCCGAGUCCGACAACGAAGACGAAUUCAAGUCGAAGAAGCAGCAGCAGCGCGGUGGCAACAACUCUGGCGCCGUCGGCAGACUGCCGGUCUCGAUCAAGGACAUCGCCUCGGACGAAGACGAGCGUCUGCUGGCUUCAGAAGAAGGAAAGAAACUCUCGUCCAAAGAGCGACGACAGCUGCGGAACAAGGUCAGCGCGCGGCAUUUCCGUCUGCGGCGGAAGGAGUACAUCACACAGCUCGAGCAGUUGAUUGAGCAGAAGGUGACGGAGGCAAACACGCUCAAGGCCGAGAACGAGCGACUUGCGCUCGAGAACAAGAAGCUGGCGGAUGCGCUGCAGGGACUCUCGCUCUCGCCUGCGUCGUAUCUCUCGCCUAGCCCGAGCGAGGAGGUGUACACUCCGUCUAUGCCCCGACAGCCUGCUGCGACGGCUACGGCGAGCGCGCCUGUAGUCUCGCAGCAGACGCCUUUGGUGCCUGAGUUUCAGGAUUACGAUGUUUUGAACAUGCCUCUUACGCAGUUUGACUCGCCUGCGUCGUAUCUUUCUAUGAACUUGUUUGCGGGUGCUGUUGAGCAGGAGCAGGAGCAGCAGCCCCAGCAGCAGCAACAACAACAACAGCAGCAGCAAAGAAUCACGCCGCGGAUUGCAAACCUUCUGCCAACGUUCAACGCCCGGAAGGACGCCAACCCGAACAGCUUUGACUGGCCUCUGGCGUACUCUCUACCAGGAUCCUGAGCGGGAGCACGAGGCGCGACGGUCGACGAUCACGGUCGAGCUUCUGCGUCCUAAGCCUGAUCGCGAGGAGGAAGGCCGGACGGAGGAGACCGAGGACGACAGACGGUCGCGGGAGGGAAUCUGGGAGGAUGCGUGCAAGGCGGCCGAGGAGGUGUACCAGCGGUUGGGCUUGCAGCUCGCGGGCUUGUCGCUGACGAACGAGGAGGAGGAGAGCAAUGACGCUUAGUUGCUAUGUUGAUUUAUGCUAUUGUCUGCUAUGUUUUGAUUUUGAUGGAGUGAUUGGAGAGUACUGUUUAAGGCGUUUGUUGGAGUAUAAAGUGAAUGAAUACUGUUAUAUAAGCAAUAGAGCAACUAUUAUGUAAUGAGAUUGAUAAGAUAUUACAUAAUGAAGUUACCCGCCCCAA